AUGGAGGAGACAUUUAGCUAUCGUCACGUAGCACUGCAAACGAGUAUAACCGAGCUGAGAGGCUCAUUAGAGGAGGACAAGAUUUUCGUCAGAAUGAGGUUCUACAAGUGCAGCAUAUGGCACCGUGUGAGAACCGAUCCGAUUGAUGUUGAUUACAUGAAUGUCGUAGCGCAAAUGGAUUUGUGGGUAACGUUUUCUCUUUUCAAGAAGAAACCACCCCAAGGAAAAGCCGGUAGGAAAGUGUAUGAAAAGUUCAUCUCCAAGUGUCUCAAGCGUAUGAGUGUGCCGGAAGAUGAACAUCCUUUUAUUGUUCAGAAGCUAUUCGAUGCGAUUGAGGCUGCCGCCUCCCCUGUGGACCCUGUUGUAGUGUUUGUGUGGGAAGUCAUUCACCGCGUCGGAGAUGGACAUGAUGAACCAUCUAGGCUCAAUUUCAUUCCUGCGAGCAGAUCAUCAAUCCAGGGUCUGGAGCCGGUGACAGUACUCGAUGCUGAUCCCUUGUCCUGUGCUAUUUGCUUGGACGAUUUUGAACAACAACCCUUUACUCGGUUGCCCUGUACACACCCGUUUCAUGUCCACUGCAUUGUUCAAUGCCUGGAGAUCAACCACCUGUGUCCCAUCUGCCGAUACGCUAUGCCAACUGAAGAAGAAGUGACUAAACCCUGCUCGACCUGUCCAGAGUAA